CCGAACAAAAAGGUACAACUCCGUAUAUGAUUUCCAGAUUUUCCAUCCUCCACUUGCUAUUUCUAUCUGAAGUAGGAGUUGUACAUUGUAUUUUUAGAAUACUAUUGGCUACCGUAGAACAAGGAACUAUUAGGAGAAAUUCCUCAAAUUCCACUAACCAAAAAUAUCUGUCUUAAUUUCUCUUUCCUUCAAACUCAAAAUCUUUUCUACUUGUCCAAUUUCCCUGUUUUCCCAUACACUUAACCCGCCAUUAAUCAACAAACUUCCCAUAACAAUUAUGCAGCAAUUCCAACAACUAAUCACAAGCAAUAAUUCACCGUCUAUUCAACCCCGUCACCAGCACGGUGGCCGGCGAAUCAUCUACCAUCACCAUCACCACCACCGCCACAACAACAACAAAAAUAUCUAUGAGAAAGUCUCCUUUCUUCGUUGCUACUAAUGGCUCCGAUGCAAUUAUCUCGUCUUUCCCGUUAAUACCAAAUUCUGAUUUCAAUUCUACGUCGUUGAAUUCUACUUUCCUUUUUCCUUCUGUUUCCCUUUCAGACGGCACAUUUGAUUUCGCUACGGUUUGUUUCAUUUCUGCUCUUCUCCUUCUUUCGUUCCUUUGCUUGAUAUUUAUUUUCCAUCUUCGGUUUAGAUCCCGACAAUAUCCUCUUCUCCAACACAUCAAUUCUCUCUGGACCGUCCGUUUACUCCUCGUUUUCUUCGCUUUUCUUUGGGCUUUCAACGAAGUUUUCCGGCUACAUUUCAUUCGCCGGAAAUACGUUCUUCCAUUUUUACCCUCUCUAACGCUAAAUCAACAGGCGAAUUUGUGUAAAGUUCAGGUGGUUCUAUCUUUAGGGUUAUUCGAACCGGGGUUCUUAAUUACUCUUCUUUUCUUGGUAAACGUUUCGAUUAAGAUACAAAAUAACCCAAGUGAUAUUUCGGCGUUGUUUGUUGUGUGGCCAAUUUGUGUGCCGCUUUUGGUGCUUCAGAUCCUUCUUGUGUUUUUCUCUCCAUUGCAGGAGCAUAUACCGAUUUUGUGCUUAGUAUUGUUGCCAUUUCGGCCAGCGGAAGAUCUUAUCCAUGGUGCCGCCGUGAUGGUGAUGUUCUUAGCUGUUGCUUGGUGCGUGGCGAUUGGGGAGGUUACUUUGGUAAUUAAGCCAAUUGCCGAUGCAUUUGCUGCCGGUAGAUCAUGCACCUGCCGUUUGAAUCCCGGAGAUGCGUUACGGCACCCGAACGGUAACGGAGGAAGAGUGGAAGAACGGAGUUAGCAGCAACUAAAGCCGGCCAUGAUUGCCGGAGGAGGAGGAGGGUAUUAUGGUCAUUUAACAUCUAAUUAACAGAGGGCGUUAUAAUUAUAGUUCAUGAUUAGUAAGUAUAAAUUUGAGUUUGAUUAAUAGUUAGUAGUUUCAUAUGCCUUCUUUAUCUAUUUUUUUAGAGAUUAUUGUAAAAUAUAAUUAGCAGUUGUUAUUCAUUAGUUUCAGGAUUAUUAGAAAAAAAAAAACAAACCAAGAAGCAGGCCUAUGGAAUAGCCAAUUUUUACUCUCUGUUAUAGAGAAUACUACAGAGAAUCAGUGAUUAAUUUGGGAUGGAAAAGUAUUGAAUAUAAUUUGAUGUGUAUAUAUAUAUAUGA